AUGGCCAAAGGCGAAAUUGAAAUUGUUCCAACCAACAACAAAACUACCAAGAAGAAACGAGCGCCCAACUGGCUUCCACUUGAAGAAGAACAGCUUGCAAUCUCAUGGGUUCAUGUCAGUGAGCAGCCCGAGUUUUCCAACAACCAGACUGGAACGAUGUGGACCUCUUUAAAUACUGCAACUCUCAAAUUUGCUGCUAUUUACAACGCGAUCGAGCGAAACCCUCCAAGCGGUUCCUCUCCUGAAGACUGGAUGGCAACUGCGAUGACCGUCUACGCUGGUCAGACCAAAGGUAUUGCAUUUGGCUCCGUUGCAGCCUGGCAGAAAGUCCAAUACUGUCCUAAAUGCAAAGCACCAGCCACACCCACCGGCAUCUGUACCCCAAGCUUGCGCGAUGGGUCAUUGAUAUCACUCCCAAUUGGUGGGAAGGCCGCAAAGAAGCGUCGGAUUGAGGGUUACAAAGAUGAUGAGAUGCUAGCGUCUGGGGUGUAA